AUGAGUGCCGAAGACGCCGAUCCUUUCACCGACGACGAUUCUCAGGACAACUCAACCGUAACCGAAGGCUCAAGCACUUCAAGUUCCGCCGAUUCAUCAGGAACGGCUCGCCAGGAUUUAUCAAAUCCUCUGUCCUCUGACGUUCUUUCAGAUCCCUUAAAUCUCAAGGAUUCUGUAUCAAACAAAAUGUCCGAUCAUGCCGAAUCUCGAGUGUUCGGUGAUCAAAUUCAAAAAUACUCCCAAAUCAUGACGAAUGCAUUAAGCAAGUACAAAGUGUCUGAUGAUUUGACUGACGAAAACUACGUUGAGUGGAGUCAAUCUUUGAUGGAAGUGUUUCGAUCACUUGAAUUUCAUCAUUAUUUCAAAAAAGAAAAUUUUCGAAAAGCAACUCUGUCCGACGAGGAACACGAGAAAACACUUUUUAACUUGACCAUGUAUAUCUUACAAAGAUUAGACACUGUCAACAAAGUCAGGACCCGUAAUCACCUUACCGACCCCAAGGAUGCUUCUGAAAUCAUUUAUGAUCCUUUCAAAUGUUGGAAUUUUCUCAAGAGCUAUCACAACCGAAUCUCUGAAGAUAAAUUAGAGGCUGUAACUAGAGCUCUUUAUGCUUGCCAGAUUACUAAGGCAGACACUCUCACCUCGUUCAUCGACAAGUUUGAAAAUCUCGUUCGCGAAUUUUAUCGCCUGAAGGGCGAACUCUCUGAUAUUCAAUCAGCGAGGAUGCUUCUUGGAGCGAUUCCCUCUUUGUCCGCUGAAACUAAGGAUUACAUACACAACACGGUAGUCCCUUUAACUCGUGAAGGCGUUGGCACCUAUCUACGUAAAUAUGAAGAACGCCACGGUUGGACUUGUGCGGCAAUUAGAGAAGUGAAUGCUGUUUCUGUUCGUCCUUCGAAGAAAACCUCCGGUGAAUGUACUCCGGAUGAGUGCGUUGGACCUCAUCUCGCCAAGAAUUGUUGGUCCAAACCCGAAAACGCCGAUAAACGACUUGCUUUUCUGGCCAAGAUUCGUGCGAAAUCAGGGGGUGGAAAUUCUAGUUCAAACUCAACGAGUCUUACUUCCCAGACAACGUCAGUGAAAGGUGUGAAGAAAGUUUUCGACGCUAGUCAUGGCUUUUCUUUCACUCAAUGCCGAAUUCGAUGA